UUUUAUUUGAAUCGAAUGAAAAGAAAACCAACGUUGAAUGCUGAAUACUAAGACUUAGUUUAAUAAGCCAAAAGCAUGUUUAAUUUAAGUCAAGAGGAAAUGAAUGAAAUAAUUAUCGAGGUUAAAAAAUUCGAUCCCAAAGGAACUGGGUAUGUUGGGAAGCAUGAAGUAGAUGAUGUACUUAGAGGUAAAUCAGUUAAAUUUGUAACAAGAUCUUAAACUAUUGAAUAACGAUAAGCUUAUUAAUAAGUUUAAUGAAGAAUUGAAGAUCAUGAAUGCUAAAUUUCUUGACUUAAAACAAAUUUGUGAUCUUUACUGCAAAUUGAAGUAAUAUCAAUAACAAUUGAAUGAGGAAGAAACCAUCACUCAAGAAUAUAGUACUAUAUCAAAAUAAACUAGUCGAUGCCUUUUGUGCCUUAGGUGGUUAACUUGAUAAAUCUGGGUAUGUACUAAAGUCUACGAUUAUUGAUACAAUACGGAAAGAAUUUGAAUUGAAUUUCGAUUUAGAUCUAAUUUUGGGAGAACAUGGCACACAGUUAGAUUUUGAUGAAUUCUGUCAACUAUUCGAAAAUGCUGGAGAUGAUGCCAAAUCACUACUUACUGUACUUAUUAGAAUUCAUAUAUAAGAGUAUUUCAUUGUCGAAAAGAAAUCAAAAUGAUUUUGUUGUCAGAUACAAAGACUUUGAAAAGUGGGAGAAAUAAGUUAUUUGAAUUGGGA